GCGCCCGCGCCCGCCUGGGCCCGCAGUUUCCGCUGGGCCGCCCGGGCCGGCUCUCCCCGACGGCGGCGCGUCAGGGGCAGCAGGACUGAGAACUGGAUCCUGGUCCAUGGGCUUCUGGUCACGCUGAGAGGUGGGCGUGCUUUUCCUGGUGUCUUGUUCAGAAGGAUGCUGAAGUCAAAAGCUUUUCAGACUCUCAGACUUGCAUAGUGCAGGAUUCCAGGGUGACACGAUUUUGAAGAAACAAGCUGGCAGCACCUCUGGCCCGCAUGGCCCACGUGUUCGUGUAUGGGACCCUGAAGAGAGGCCAGCCCAACCACAAGGUCCUGCUGGGUGGCACCAAUGGCUGUGCAGCCUUCCAGGGCCAGGGCCAAACGGCGGAGCCUUACCCCUUGGUGAUUGCGGGAGAACACAACAUUCCGCGUCUGCUGAAUGUCCCAGGGCAGGGCUACCAUGUGGUCGGGGAGAUCUAUGCCGUGGACGAACAGAUGCUGUGCUUCCUGGAUGAGUUCGAAGGCUGCCCGGACAUGUACCAGCGCACCCCGGUGAGGAUUGUGGUCCUCGAGUGGGAAGGCAUGCCCGCUGCCGACAGGACCGUGCAGUGCUUCGUGUACAGCACGGCCACCUAUCCUCCCGAGUGGCUGCACCUCCCGUACCACAACAAUUACGACUCUCAAGGGCAGCAUGGGCUUCGCUAUAAUCCCCGGGAAAACAGAUGAGAAGUGCGAGAACGCUGGUCGGCGGAGGACCCAUAGAGCCCUGAUGACCAUCAGAUGACAGCCAAGGGGUCUGCAUUUACUGGAUGCAGAAGCACAAUAAUGCCCUUUGAAACAAGUAUUUGUAAAACUCAGUCUGCGGGAAAAGAAACAGCCUCUUUCAGUGGCAGCCAAUUUCCCCGAUAAUCUCGACAUGAUAACAAGAUUGUGCCCUGACACCUCUCUCUCCGAUCUAUCCUGCUUUAUUCCUUGCUGCUUAAAGAGCAUCAUGGGCUUGAAUGUGUUGGAUAAGAAAAAUUUAGGAUUUUAAUUUCACUAACUGACAUUUCAGGAACUCAUGUUAUCAUACUUUUCAUUUCUUUUUUUUGCUUUGUUUUAAUCUGAAGAUAACAUGUAAAAUGAACAUAAAGACCGUGUGUUGCAGCUAGAUUUUGGCAGCCCUACUGUAUUGAUUCUGACGUGUAGCACCAAGAAAAAAAAAUUUUUUAAGCUCAUUUUGGAUGUCUUAAUGUAAUAAAAGAACCUCAAGAAAAACAUGCCGUGUUUUGGAGUAUAUACAAGAUCAUUCUUCACGAUUUUCAGAUUGAGCUUAUUAAAAAAGAUUAUUCAAGAUGAUCAUUUAAAAUUAAACUAGAUGUUUUGGGGAAUCAAAUAUAAAAGUGUUAGUGCUAUUGUUGGUCCUUUUUUGGGUCUACUUAUUUGGCAGAAGGUUCUUUUCAUUCUAAUCCAGCAAAAUAACGAGCACCCACUUGCUGGCAGACGCAGCUGAACACCCCAACUUCAGAUGGAAGCUCACCCAAGCCCGGAGCCCAGCGGCAAGGCCCCAUCCCUGCCUCCCCAAGGGAGCAGCAUUUGGGGGUGGGCCUUUUAGAGAGCGAAGAACCAACACAUUAGUAAUUUGUUCUUCAGGCUUGACAGAAAGCUUAGCUUCCAAAUACAAACAGCACUUAAAAUAAUUUUAGCAAGGCACGAAGUACCAAUUACUACCCACCUCCAUCUGAUCAUCUGUCAGUGUAGAUUCAAAGCAGUGCACGACUCUGCCUCUUCUUACUUACCCGCAAAGUAUGAAAUGUAUUCCAAGAAUUUCAGAACCAAAUGAAAAUGCAGCUGCUGAUCCUCAGUAACCUUGUUCUCUGUUGGGAGAGCUCAGUUACUCUUCAACUUAAUGGUAGACUGUGAUUGCUAACUAACUGCAUCUGGCACGAAAACAUGAUCAUUAUUUUUAGCCCUUUUUUCUUAACUGGAAACUUGCUUCACAAAAACACAAAAAGGCAAGGAUGGGUAUCAGCUGAUGAGUUUGUGGCAGCCCCACCCACUACAGUUGCGGUGAGGGAGCCCCAGGCAGAGCCUGUGGGAUGGGGACAAGGGGACUGUGUGAGUCAGCUGUCCCUAAGGUGAUGCCCCAGGGACCUAGUGCUCACCCCUGAGAGCCACACAGGAGGGGUUUCCAAAAUCAUCAUCUGUGCUGUGUGGGCUUUAGGAGGUUAUGAAUAACUACAAACAGAGUUAGGCCCUAACCAGGAUGAAGUAGGUAAUCACAUUAUAAAGUGGCAAAUGCUAAUUUAAUGACACUGAAGGCAAAGAACUGGGAUUUAUAUAAAUAAAUUUUUUAAAAGGAUCACAAUGAAACG